GCGCAUGCGUAUCGUAGUUUCCUCUCCACACGACCUCAUGCUCGAAUCACUUUUCUUCUCGGCGCCUUCGAAGGCGUUUGUUACUCGCUAUUUUUCAGCAUGGCUGAAGUGUUUGUUAAAAAUAAUAAUAAUCGUUCUCCGUUUGUGGAUAACGAGGAAGAAGAUAUGGGACACAGUGACGUGAGUAAUAACACAGUGUCUGGCAAGCAGAAAAAAAGACGUUCCAAAGUAGACUUAUUAGAGGAACGUUUUGACGAGAAAUACGGUAAACUUGAAAAUACUUUACACAAUAUUGUUGCAUUGUUGCAAUGCCAGUCACAAAGACAUGGUAAUUCAACGCAGGGGAAUGGCAAAAGCCCCAAUUAUGACCAGGGGAGUGAUAAAAGCCCCAAUUUUGAAGAGAGGACUGGUCAAAGUUCCACAAGUAAUCGUCAAGAUGACGUACUUUCCAUUCAUCCUGCUUCCUCUGAACAUUUUUCGUUGUCUGAUUCAGAAGAAGAAGACACAGAGCACAGUGCUAGUGUACGCAGGUGUUUGAAAGACAUUUUUGGAGAAGAUGCAUGUUUGAAAAAAGAUGCACAAAAGCCAACUGGCAUUUGCUUAGAAAAUUCGCAGAAAGAAAUUUUGGAACAAAGCUAUCGGUCUAAAACACCAAAUAAUGUAACAGCAUUUUCUGAAGAGUGCAAAGAUUUAUUUCCAGUUGAUGAAGACACUGAACAUUUUUUACGUGUACCUACAUUGGACGAUAUUGUAGACACGUGUCUAACAAAGAAGUUUGGUUCUAGAGCUUCAUUCGCUAAACAUGGAACUUUUCUGUUCUCACAACCAAACAAAAUGGUGGAGAAGACCGCAUACAGAGGACAGCAAAGUGUCUACAUGGGUAUUGUUACACAGAUGUACAUGCAGCAAGCUCUUGCAAUGUUAAUGGACAUGGUUACAGAUAAACCAGACAUUGAGAAAAAAGUGAAGGACAUUUUUGCUUUAUCCACACGAAGUCUAGAUCAAUUUGGUAGAGCAGGAGCAUUUUUUCAUAUCAUUCGUAGACAAGUCACAAUGAGCGAGACUUCUUUAUAUGAACUUGAUGAUUCAAGGACAAUCAGUAACCUACCCUUGAGAGGGGACGGGGUGUUUGGUGAAGAAUUGGAAAAGACUCUCAAACAAAAGAAAGACAAAAGAAAAACACUUGAAGAGUUAUUGCCAGAAAAAUUGCAAAAGAAGGAAACAUAUAAGAGGAAAGCCAGUGAACAGACAGAACAGCAAACAUCUGUCAAAAGACAAUAUGUAAAGACAAAUACAAGAAUGGGUGUUCAGCCAAAUGAAUACAAUAGAGCGCCACCUACAUUUCGCAUUCCAAAAUACAAUGCGGAACCACGAAGUACUUUUCGAACAGAGCACAGAGCUGGUGGCUCGAGAGGUCGGGGCAACUAUGCAGCCAAUAACAGACCAAGGGCUACAGUUGCCAAGAUGCUCUCAAGCAACCACCGUUUGAGCCAAUAAAGACAGCCAGUUUAAAGUAUGUAACUUACAAGACAGUUUUUCUCAUAGCAAUUACAACUUUUCGCAGAUGUGGGGAUUUACAAUCUUUGACAUUGGGAGAAAAUUCUGUGAAUGUACAAGCAAAAGGUGUAACUUUCAUAAGGCAUGGUUUAUCGAAACAGGACAGAGGUUCACAUCAGAGCAAUACUAUUUUUAUUCCUGCUUUUCCAAAGAACAAGUUGUUGGAUCCAAAACGAGCAUUGACUUAUUAUCUGAAAUCAACAGAAAAAUUUAGGAAUUCAAAAGAGAAGGACUCUUUGAAAUUAUUUUUAACUGUAAAUAAACCGCAUAGAGCGGCUUCAAGUCAGACAAUUUCGUCAUGGAUUGUUAAGACUAUUCAAAAGUCAUACAAAAUGAAAAAAGUGUAUGUAUCUAAAGUUAAAGGUCAUUCAACUAGGUCAAUCGGACCAUCAUGGGCUCUUUUUAAGGGAGCUCCAUUGAAAGAUGUUUUAGACAGUGCAGAUUGGAGUAGAUCAUCUACUUUUGUGAAGUUCUAUUUUAAAGAUGUAUCAUUUGAUUUUCUUAAAGAAUAAUGUUUUUCUCCCCGGCGAGUUAUUUUCCGGAAAGUGAACUGUUUUUAAGUCAACAGUAUGGAACAUAUCAUAUAUAUGACGGCCACAAGUAGUGGUUUAUCCAUCAUAUAUUUUUUAAAAUAUAUUGUUUAAAUAUGUGGGAAAGUGAAUAAGAAUACAUGAUUUGUGCUGUGUACAGUUAUUAUUGUGUAUAUAAGAGGGACUGUUGUAGCAGUUUUUAUGAAAUAGAAGAUAUAGAAAACUCUGGAAUGAGAAGAUCUACUAUAAUUGUUGGAGUGGUCAGAAAGUACCUGAACCCGCCUCCAAAGAGGGACUGCUUUGGGAAGGAAUCCUAAAGUACAUAUGUCAGACUACUUUCUGAGGCCUUCGAAGGCGCCAAGGAAAGUGAUUCGAGCAUGAGGUCGUGUGGAGAGGAAACUACGAUACGCAUGCGCGAAAGUUGUUUAUUUCCGGUAGUCGUCUAUUAUGCGGCGCCUACCGUAUAGCGAGUUAUUUUCGGGCCGAGA